CCCCCUUGGAUGCAUCAGCAAAGAAGAGCACAGAUCAAUUUCCCCCUUGCACCCCCCAUUAACAAAAAAUAAUCAACCCCAUAGUAAAAAAAAAAUACAAGAAAAAAAAAACUAAAUACAAAGGGGGGACCUACAAGAAGUGAGGGUUGGAGAACAAGAGAGGACAAUCACUGCACUGUCUAUCUCUCUCCUCCUUUUCUAUUGUUCUAGCCUGGGAGGAAAGGACAGGCCUUUUAAAAAAGAGGGGAAAAAGCAAAGGUAGACAUCAUGUCAAGUGGCAAGGAGGCAGGUGGAAUUCAUCCUUACCAGCAACAGCAACAUGCCCAGUAUGUUGGACCCUACAGACUGGAGAAAACCCUUGGCAAAGGACAGACAGGACUGGUUAAGCUUGGAGUCCACUGUAUAACAGGACAGAAAGUGGCGAUAAAGAUUGUAAACCGAGAAAAGCUCUCAGAGUCUGUAUUAAUGAAGGUGGAAAGAGAAAUCGCUAUCCUGAAGCUGAUUGAACACCCCCACGUCCUCAAGCUGCAUGAUGUCUAUGAGAAUAAGAAAUAUUUAUAUCUGGUGCUUGAACAUGUUUCCGGCGGAGAACUUUUUGACUACUUGGUAAAAAAGGGCCGGCUAACUCCAAAAGAGGCUCGAAAAUUCUUCCGACAAAUUAUAUCCGCUCUUGAUUUCUGCCACAGUUACUCCAUAUGCCACAGAGACCUGAAGCCCGAAAACUUAUUGUUAGAUGAAAAAAACAACAUACGAAUAGCAGAUUUUGGAAUGGCGUCACUGCAGGUCGGCGACAGUUUACUAGAGACCAGCUGUGGGUCUCCUCACUAUGCAUGUCCAGAGGUGAUCAAGGGGGAGAAGUACGAUGGACGUCGGGCUGAUGUAUGGAGCUGUGGAGUCAUAUUGUUUGCACUCCUUGUGGGAGCAUUGCCCUUCGAUGACGACAACUUGCGGCAACUUCUAGAGAAGGUGAAACGGGGGGUGUUCCACAUGCCUCAUUUUAUUCCUCCGGAUUGUCAGAACCUGCUGAGGGGCAUGAUCGAGGUGGAACCAGAGAAGAGACUCAGUUUAGAACAGAUCCAGAAACACUCGUGGUAUUUGGGCGGCAAAAAUGAACCAGAGCCUGAACAACCUACACCUCGGAAAGUAUCCAUCAGGAGGAUCCACUCAGUAAGCGAAUUUGACCCGGAUGUCCUAGAUAGCAUGCAUUCCUUGGGCUGCUUCAGAGAUAAAACCAAAUUGAAACAAGAGUUACAGAAUGAAGACGAAAAUCAAGAGAAGAUGAUUUACUACCUUCUUCUGGAUCGCAAAGAGAGAUACCCCAGCUGUGAGGAUGAAGACCUUCCACCCAGAAAUGACAUAGAUCCUCCACGCAAGAGGGUGGAUUCUCCAAUGCUCAACCGGCAUGGAAAGCGCAGACCUGAACGAAAAUCUAUGGAAGUCCUAAGUGUGACCGAUGGGGGCUCCCCUGUUCCUGCUCGACGAGCAAUUGAAAUGGCACAGCACAGUCAAAGGUCGAGAUCCGUGAGUGGCGCAUCAACUGGCCUUUCAUCGAGUCCCCUUAGCAGUCCAAGGGUGACCCCUCACCCUUCUCCCCGAGGUAGCCCCCUCCCUACCCCGCUGGGCACCCCAGUGCAUACGCCCAAGGACAGCCCGACUGGGACGCCCAGUGGCACCCCUCCCUCAAGUCCUGGUGUUGGUGGAGUAGCUUGGAAGACACGGCUCAACUCUAUCAAGAAUAGUUUUCUUGGAUCCCCUCGUUUCCACCGUCGGAAAUUACAAGUACCGACUCCUGAAGAAAUGUCAAGUCUUACACCAGAAUCCUCUCCAGAGCUUGCAAAAAAGUCUUGGUUUGGGAAUUUCAUCAACCUCGACAAAGAAGAACAAAUAUUUGUGGUCAUUAAAGACAAGCCUCUUAGCUCCAUUAAAGCUGACAUUGUCCAUGCGUUCCUUUCGAUUCCAAGCUUAAGUCACAGUGUGAUAUCUCAGACCAGCUUUCGAGCAGAGUAUAAGUCGUCAGGGGGCCCAGCGGUCUUUCAGAAACCCGUGAAAUUUCAGGUGGACAUCAGUUACUCAGAGGGAGCCGAGGCGCAGAAGGAGAAUGGAAUCUACUCUGUGACCUUCACUCUAAUAUCAGGUCCCAGCCGCAGGUUUAAAAGAGUCGUAGAAACUAUUCAGGCACAACUGCUGAGCACACAUGACCAGCCCUCGGUUCAGGCCCUAGCGGGAGCAAAUGUUACAACAAGAACCCAGAUGGAGUGUUCCCUGGAUCACCUUCUCUUCUUGCCACCAGAUGAGAAGAAUGGACAGCAAAGCCGACCUCCAGGCACUCCAACAAGAAGUUGCCAGAACUCACGGCGCUCGGAGCCUGACAUGGCAGAACAUCACCGGAGAGGGUCUUCUAAGGACAAGAAACUUUUGGCUUCCAACGGAACACAAACACAGCCAUGACCUAAGAAAAAACAUGUUAAGAACCAGAGAAUGGAUCUGGCACAUCAACGGACAACCAGUACAAAACAGCGCAAGAGAACGCAACAGCACCCGACGUCCGGGAGAAAUUUCAUAUGGAUAUAUCUACAUACAUGAUUAGGCACACACAUGCAUACAUUCUACUUCAGAUGUACACAUGCACCCCACCCAUGCAUACGAGGAUUUCAAACAAAAUCAACGCCUGAAGAUAUACAAAGUCAUUGAUACACAGACAUGUACAAGUGCACGAGCAAAAAGAGCACAUAUGAAGAAGAACAAGAAAAGAGAGCAAAAGGAACUAAAUGUUGGCGUUACUGUGAAGAUGUAAAUAUUUCCAAAAAAUCAAAAAUGACAAAAAAAAAAUUGCAAACAGCAAAUGGAAACAAGGGAAGAAACCGGAAAGGAAACACAUUUAUGACAAAA